GCAUGGGACGAAUAGCAUGUACGGGUCCCAAGAUAUAUCUUACUCGUUCCUAAGUUGGACCACCUUUUUUGUUUGGUCAUCCCAAAUGUCUAAUACGUCACUAUUCGGAAUUUGAAAUCCCACCUUCCUCAAUUCUUCCCCCUUACCUUCCGUUAUUCUAACUAUCAGCGUAAUUCGGCGAGUCAUGCAAUCCUGAGUUUUUAAAAUUUAUUACUCUCUCUCUCUCUCUCUCUGAGCGCCAUUAAUGGCUUCGGCCGUCACGCUUCUUUCUUUUUCUUUUGCCUUCGUGGCUCCUUCCUCGGCUCUCCUCUACUGAAACCCUAACCCUAGCUUUAGCACCAAGGCGAACCGAAAUCGUUCGUAGGAGCUGCAUUGGAGGUGAGAACGGUGAUUGCGGAAGCGCUCGCAUCAUCUCAGACGCCCUGGUUUAUUGUAAUUAGUAACGUAGCAGUGGCUGUUGUUGAUCUUAGAGUGAGAAAAUGGGGGCAGAAAAGGGAGGUUCGAGUGCUUUCUUUAACUUGUUUGAUUGGAAUAGGAAGUCGAAGAAAAAAUUGUUCUCCAAUGGAAGUGCUUCGUCCGAAGGGGUGAUACAAGGGAAGAAAAUUGAUGAUAAUACAUCAACCUCACAGCUUCGCCUGAUUGAUGAGGAUGAGAUGAUUGGAGUAUCAAGUGCAAGGGGAAGCAGUGACCAUAGUUGUACUUCUUCAGUGACUGAUGAAGAAGGAAAUGCAACUAGGGCCCCAGGAGUGGUAGCAAGGCUUAUGGGUUUGGAUUCCAUGCCCAUAUCAGGCGCUUCCGUACCCUAUUCCACCCCCUUACAUGACUCGCGAUCCCUUCAAGAUAACCAUAGCCAGCGAAGAGGUCCCGAGUUCUACAUCAAUGAUCAAUUCAAUCAUGUGAUUAAGAGAUCUGAGGCCUAUUCAAGGAAACCGGUGGGAUUGAGGUCCCAAAAGAUGCCAAGCAGCCCAAUUGAGAGGUUCCAAACAGAAGCAUUGCCUCCUAGAUUAGCAAAAUCUGUCCCAAUUACAUGCCACAAGUUACUGUCGCCAACAAAAAAUCCUGGUUUCAUCUCAGCAAAGGAUGCAGCUCGUAUCAUGGAAGCAGCAGCAAAGAUUCUUGAGCCUGAGGUUCAGACAGGUACAAAGUGUAGAUUUCAGUCUUUGGUGUCACUUCCAAAUCCUAUAAAAGCUCGCGAUUCACAAGAGAUAAUGGCAGCUUCUCAGAGGACAACAAAGCUUGCAGAAUCAUCCAGAAGAUCUGUUGAAUCAGCUGUCAUAAGGUCUCUUAGAGGACAACCUGUGAGCACAAGUUGCAUUGGUUCAGAUGAAACUAUUGUUUAUAGGCCCUCUCCAAGUACAGCUGAAACCAAUCCAGCUGGUGCAAAAAGUAAGGGAAAAUCUAUCUCGCUUGCGGUUCAGGCUAAGGUGAAUGUCCGGAGAAGGGACGGUUUAAGCAUGAGCAAUAGGAGUGCAUCAGUGCAUAUGGACGAUAAUAAAUGUAAAUCAAACAAACUAUUAAAAAGUCAACCAAGUAACCCAAAGAAUAACCUGCAGAAAAGGGCAGCAACCAAUGUUUCCUGUGUGCUCAGGCAAAAUUAUCAGAAGCAGAACUGCCUGGCAAGUAAAAACAAGUUAUCUUCAAGACCAUCGGUUUCUGACCAGCAGGGAAGAAAAGUUCUUUCCAGAGAUGCUUCUUCUGGAAAGAACAAGAUUGUGAAUAAGCUUUCAGGAAACACCCGAAUCGGAUUCAAGAAGGAAGGUUUAGUCACUCCUGACCACACAAAGAAAGUGUUGUCAUCAGAUAGCAAGAACUUGCCUCGCAAGAAAAGAUUGAUAGAGCGGGGCUCCUCUUCUGAGGCUUCUGAUGGUGUUUUAGUGGAUAGGCAUGUAAAGCAUGUUCAGCAUACCGUUGUGAUGGAUGAACAGCCAAGAUGGAGUGGGGAUAAAAGAAGAAAUGGUACAGAUGUUGUAUCCUUUACAUUUACCUCCCCCAUGAUAAAACCAUUGCCUGGAUCUCAGUUCUCUACUAAUGUGGUGGAAAAAGAAGACAAGCAUAAUGAGCACUGUUUUGAUACUGAUUGUGAAAAGAAUGUUUUCGAUUCAGACAACAGAAACCUAUCAUCUCUCAGAUCGGAUGUGAUAGGAGGGGAAUUUUUGGGCCUUCUUUUGGAACAGAAGUUGAGAGAAUUAACAUCUGGAGCUGACUCGCCCUACCGUAGAUUAGUCAGAGGUAACAUCACAGCUGCUGCACCUGUUUCGCAAGAUUCAGUAUCUGCAGUUGAUAUCCAAGAAAUUGCACCUAUGGAACGUGAAAGGGAUCCUUUUGUCAGUUCUUGUAAAGAUGAACCGGGUGAAAUCAUUGAGUCUAGCUUCUCGUUACCUAUUGAUCAGAUGUUGAAUAUGAGCCAUCAUAUGCUGGAGGCAGAAAGGAUGGAAUGUAGCAGCAGCAGUGAGGACCGAAAGGUGCCGGAGCAUCAACAUCAGAGCCCUAUUUCCAUUUUCGAAGCUCCUUUUUCAAAUGAAAGUUGCAGCUCAUCAGAGAGCUGGGAAAGUUCAAAUGGAAGCAAAAUGCAUGAUUCAUCAAUUCAGGCUCAACAUAUUGUUGAUUUGAAUUGCUUCAACAAAACUCCUUCAGUGGAAGCUGAAAUGGAAUUAUCUGACUCAAUCUCCUCAUCGUCCACAGAAAUCAGCAGGACGGCCCAUACAAAUGCAUGCAAUCAGGAGCAGGAAUAUGUGAGAGAGAUAUUAAGCAACACGAAAUCUCUGUUCAAGAACUUAGAUUUGUGUCAAAUGGACCAUGACAGUGGGAUCCUUGAUCCGCUUCUUUUCGACAAGUUGGAAACCGGUGGAAGCCUGACUGCACAGGAAGGAGAGGAAAGGGACUUCAGGAUGAGAAGGAAAAUGUUAUUUGAUUGUGUGAAUGAGUGCUUGGAUUUGAAAUGUAGUCGCUACUUCCAUGCUGGAUAUCGGAUGUGGGCUAAAGGAAUGGCAGUUGUCAUGAAGGAUUUGACAGAAGAACUAUACAGGGAGAUAUCAGGGUGGAGGAGCAUGGGAGAGUGGAUGGUGGAUGAGCUUGUUGAGAGAGACAUGAGUAAUCACUUGGGAAGGUGGGUUGACUUUGAAAUUGAAACAUUUGAAGCUGGAGUAGAGAUGGGGAUGGGGAUAUUAAACUCCUUGGUUGAUGAAGUAGUUGCUGAUUUUAUGAUACAAGUUCAAUUGUAGCAUGCCUAUGUUUCCACUCAACUGUAAGUUACCCACUUAAGAUAUAUAUAUUUCUUUCUUUCUUCCAAUCAAAA